CCCGCGAAUCACUCUCACACUUCUGCCACUGCUUCGCCACACGGCGUGCGGCAUCUUCUGCUGUCAGAUCAAAGUGACUUUAUUACCUUAACCUACCUCCUCAGUAAACAACCGAGAUAACAAUGGGUCAUGAAGAAGCGUCCGUAGUCCUCGUCGACAUGUGCUAUGCAGUCAAAUGUGACAAAUGCGGUAAAACUAGCUGGAAGGGGUGCGGACGUCAUGUCGAACAGGUUAUGAAAGACGUCAAAGAGGAGGAUAAAUGUGCUUGCCCUCGUUAAAGAUACGAUAAGCGGUCGGCAAAAGGACGCUACAUGGAGAGUGUACCUUGAUGGCAGGGCUGCAUUAAUAUCUUGAUUAAAACGUUUACCAUCCAAAUUUGUGAUAGACGUAGUCCGUGAAAUCUGUAAUCUAAUAAGGCUGUUGCAUUAUGGAGUGUCUGGGGUCAGCCGUAUCCCAAAUUUGGUCGUUAUACGCUGCUUUAGAUUGCAGUUUCUUUG